UAAAUUAAAUCAUAACAUUUGUUUUGAGAGGUGAUGUGGAAUCCUCUCAAUAUGCAACUAUGUAGUCAACAGAGAUGGAGAAAGUAUGAGUGUUGUAAUCAGUUAAAAGUACAGUUACUCUAGUUAUAAUCUACUUGACAAAAAGGACAUUUCAAAAUUUACACAAAAAAAGUACUAGUAUUCCCCCAGAACUACUCAAUUAUAGUAAUCUGUGCAAAUGUAAUUAUUUACUUUCCAACUCUGGUUGUAAGGUUUUACUGUAAGCUUCAACUACAUAUAACCCUGUAAACUGUUUUGGGGCUUUACUCUACGUACUACAAAUCCCAUGAUGCCUUUCUUUAAUUCCAACGUCUAAAUACCUCACAUAACAACACAGCCACAGGGCAACUAUUAAUUCAGUCGCAAUUAAUCCGGCAUUUCGGCCCAAUUUAAUCCGUUUUUGUUAAUUCUUUGUCGAGCACAGUUAGGUGGACUAAUGGCGUGUCCUGUAAACCACACAGUGGAGCUGAAUCCAGUGCUGCUCCCUCUAGACUGGCUUUUAGGUACCUGGGAGUCGGACGAGCCUGGGGAGGGCUGCUUUCCCACUAUCAAACCUUUCCACUACACAGAGACACUGAGUUUCACCCACGUGGGACAACCAAUCAUCAACUUUAUGUUUUGUGCCUUCAAUGCAGAGACCAAGAGGCCUCUGCACAGAGAGAGUGGAUUCAUUCGGCUGCAGCCCGGAACCAACAGAGUGGCGUUUAUUAUAGCACAGAACUCAGGUCUAGUUGAGAUUGAGGAAGGAGAGCUGACAGCACAGCAAAUCAACCUGCAGAGUCAGGCUUUGGCCAGAAUGUCUUUUGCUAAGGAGCCAUAUGUGCAGCAGGUUUCUCGAGUGUUUCAGCUCAGACCAGAUGGGAAGUUGGAGCAGACAGUUUCUAUGGCAACCGACAACCAGCCGCUGAUGCAGCACUUGCACAUCACCUAUCGUCGGUCAUCUUGACUCAUCAGACUGGAAGGUGUCCUUCAAUAUAGAAAUAACUUCACAAAGAAUGAAAAAUGACAAUAAUGAAACACAAUCACAGUAGCAGUAGCGCUCAGGCUGUAUGGUAAUCAAAUGCAAAGAAAUGCACUACUAUAAUCAUAUCAUGGUGAGAGGUAAGCUUAGUAACUUAAAGUAAAUAAACUAAAAAAUAACCUCUUAUAAUGUCAUCCAAAAUGCUUUAAAGUUCUGAAGCCUUUUGUUCAGCACUGCUGAAGAUCAUGUGACAAAAUUUUACUGAUCACUCAAAAAAUCUAAAGGUAUUCAGCUUUUUAACACUCUUACCUGAUGUAUAAGAUAGAAAAAAGACAUACCAAUAGCACUGCUUAUCUAAAACACAACAGGGGAUCUUUAAUUUUAAAAAUUCCCAAAAAGUUUAAAAUUUGCACUUACAUUAAGUUUGCCAACUGAAUGGAUACGGCUUGCUAAGCCUUCUUUUGUUCUCCAAAUAUAUACUGUCCAGAUAUCUAACCACAGAGCUGUAAAGCUUAGAACGCACUGAUAAAUUAGUUUGAAUUUCUCUUAUAUUUGGCUUUCAUUGCACUAUUAUAUGAUGGAAAGCUGAAGUUGCUGCUGUAUCCAUAAGCCAAAUGCACUGUUUUUAAGAGUUUUGAGGGGAAAUGUUUAGAGGAAUUGUCUGCUUAUUGUAAACAUGCUUGUAAUAAAAGGUAAUAAAUGCAAA